GAUGAUUUCGAAAACUGAUGUAGGACUGGAACCAGAUAUCUGCACACUUGAUCGUGUUCGAUCUAGGUCUGUUGAUAUGUGAGAUGCAGACAAGCUCGAUGCUGUCGUGAAGGAGGGAGCAGCUGCAAAUCCGGGCCGGACUGGAGAUCCGGAGUCGAAAGUUCGUUCCAACGCCAGCAACCACGACGUCGGGAAAUGGCGAAGCAGGAAGAGGCCACAGCAUCAACAAUAAAAUACCGUAGCAGUCAUGAACACAAGCCCAGGGGUACGCUACCCGGGCAGCAUGCACACGCGCUUUGCUGGAAUGUCAAUGCCAAUGCGCGUAGUGACACGUGCAACGUCAGACCCAAGCCCGUUUGCCAAGAUGGGACAAGUCGCAAGUCGUGUAACUCUUGACCACCGGAUCAGUUGCACGAAUAUCUCGCACAGAGAUAAUAGCAAGCCAGCACCAGGAGGACAGACUCAGAUUGAAAUGGAAAGCAAUCCGAUGUUGGUGUUGAACUCAGACAGAACAUUUGAACUCAAUCCGGAAAAAUGUUUCGGCUUAUGCCAAGCUUUCAUUACAGUAUCAUUGCACAGCGCAGAAGUACAUACAUGUUCCGUGAACGAAGAACCAAGACCCAACAGCCUCCCACCUUCACCGUGGACAGACAGACCGAGGAGGAUGAUUGCAAGGAAAGUAGCGAAAAAGAAGGUCAUGAACUCAUUCUCGUCGGGUACCAGCCGUCAAAGCUUCAAAACAGAGAAGUCUUUCUUUCAUAGGCACAAGAAAUUGAAAGCAGGACGAAGAAGAAUCCGGGGGAAAGAAGGAAAGUAUCUAGUCUAGAAUAGAGCCGUGUAUGGGACACAGUCACUUCUCUCGUG